UUUACAUGUUCACAUUUGUCUGCUUUUUUGCUUUCUUUCUUUAUUUUAAAUACGUUAUAUCUUUCAACCCUGUUGAAUAGUGGGAGAUACAAAGUGCAGUAACGAAAUGCCGACGCUAGGGGGCAGUAACGUGUUUUCUAAUCCAUCGUAAUGUCAGCUGACCACCGCAGUACAGCAGCUCGGUCAGAAAUGUCAACACUCACUUCCCAUGUUUGUGAUGUGGAGCUGUUAGCCGACAGGUCAACGGUCUCCAUUCUGCAGCUGGCCUUGACCUCUGACCUCCCGAUAGAAGAGUGAAGAUCAGUCCAUUCAUUCUGUGUAAAUGGCACAUUGAUCUUCAGUUCCAGCCCAGACUGAUUUGAUGGGAAUUUGAUGUCCCUGUCGUCAGCAUGGCCUCCACCUCCACCUCCACCUCCAGCUUUGCUCCCCCAAAACUGUCGGACUUCAUCCUCACAGAGCGGCUGGGCAGUGGCACCUAUGCUACAGUCUACAAAGCCUACAGAAAGCAGGGCUGUAGUCGAGAGGUGGUGGCAGUGAAGGUGGUUGGGAAGAAGACUCUGAACAGGGCGUCUACAGAAAACCUGCUCACAGAGAUUGAAAUCCUGAAGACGAUGAGUCACUCUCACAUAGUCCAACUGAAAGACUUUCAGUGGGAUGCUGAGAAUAUUUAUCUGAUCAUGGAGUGGUGUUCUGGUGGAGAUCUAUCCUGCUUCCUACGCAGCCGCAGGAUUUUACCUGAGAGGAUGGCCCGGGGCUUCCUGCAACAGAUUGCCUGUGCCCUCCAGUUUCUUCAUGAGCGGAACAUCUCACACCUGGAUUUGAAACCUCAGAACAUUCUGCUCAGCGGCUCUGUCCUAAAGCUAGCAGAUUUCGGUUUCGCCCAGUACAUGUCACCAUGGGAUGAGCAGAGUGUCCUGAGGGGGUCUCCUCUCUACAUGGCUCCUGAGAUGGUGUGCCGACGCCAGUACGACUCCAGGGUGGACCUCUGGUCCGUCGGGGUUAUUCUCUAUGAGGCUCUGUUUGGGCGAGCACCAUUUGCAUCAAGGUCAUACGCCGAAUUGGAGGAGAAGAUCCGGAGCAACCAACCUAUCGAGCUCCCUCCCGGGGCCAGGGUAUCCAAGGACUGCAGAGACCUUCUGCUGCGGCUGCUGGAGAGAAACCCAGAUGCCAGGAUCACCUUCGCCGAGUUCUUCGCCCACCCUUUUGUGGACAUGGAGCACAUGCCGAGCCCCGAGAGCUUAGUGAAAGCGAAAGCGCUGGUCCUGCAGGCCGUCCAGAAGGACCAUGAGGGGGAGAGGUCCGCCGCUCUGUCGCUUUACUGCAGCGCCCUUGAGCACUUUGUCCCCUCUAUUCACUAUGAGACGGACCGACAACGUAAAGACGCUCUCAGGCAGAAGGUUCGCCAGUAUGUGUCUAGAGCCGAGGAGCUGAAGGCCCUGGUGGCCUCAGACAACAGGCUGAGCUUUGAGGAGGCCCGCACCUCCAGGGACGUCCUCCGAGAAAUGUCUCGAGACAAACCACGGCUGCUGGCUGCUCUGGGGGUGGCCUGCGCUGCCAUUGCUAAGGAGGAGAGCGGAGGGGAUGAUCACGAGGCCCUGGAUGUGUACCAACAGUGUUUAGGAGAGCUUCUGUUGGCGCUCGCAGCCGAGCCCCAGGGCCGCAGGAGGGAGCUCCUCCACAGCGAGAUUAAAAGCCUCAUGACCAGAGCUGAAUACCUCAAAAAGAAUAUCAAGAUGCAGGAGACUCAGCGGGACGCGUCUCUGGACCGAGAACAUCUCGCUGACUCCGUCAGAAGCGCUUGCUGUCUGCAGUAAGCCGGACGGCCACCGUGGGCCUGGACGCCAAAGCGGAGCACGUUGGACACCACCGGGCCUUCACCUGACCAGGUUCCUGCCGGGCCGAACUGAACCUGCCUCACACCUAAACCUUAACCCCCAACGCUGUCUGGGUGGGAUUUAACAGUUGCCAGCCAAAUCUGUUCAAUGUUUCGGUUGUUGCAGGAAGGCUGAGGACUUGUGUUUAUACUUUUCCAAGGAGGGGAAAAAAGUUUUGCUGGCUCGAUGCUGAAAGUAGCUCUUGAGUUUUGUAUUUUGCACACUGGUGAGUGUGAAAGCCAGUCCUCUGCUCUUUACACUGUUUUUUUGUCGCACCGCUUAGCCCUCGAAUCCCUCCUCCCGACGCGCCAUUGAUAUGUAAAUGAUGGACAGCCUGUGUGACAAUGCCGCACUGUCAUGGUAAAAACGAGUCAAACAGAGGCUGUUGCAUUUACUGUCGCGCGAGGAAAAAGAAAAACCUCAGUAUUUGGGGGGCGCACCGGAGACACUGAAAACCUGCAAGACGUAAUGAAAUGUAAACUGUAGCGUUAAGAGAGGCAGCGUGUCAGUUCUGGACCGUCGCGCUAAGUAUAUUAUACGGAGGCCUGCGCAAACAUGCACAUACUCCCUCGCCCUCCCUUCCCCGCUGCCUUUGCUGUGGGUGGACCACAGGCUCACCAUGCUCUCCCCGCUGAUGGAGCCCUCUCCACCACGACGAGGGGAAACUGGAGAGGUGCGGCCUCUGCCUUAUUUACAUUGGACUCGCAUUUUCUUAGGUUUGGCACCGGCCGGGUAUGUGAGGGAUCCGGCGGGUUGCAAAGUCUUCGUAACUAGGCCUCUGUGAAAAAUCGUUUCGAAAAAGAAGAAAAAACCCUUCACAUUCACUCUUGUAGGUCUUCACACACUGUUUUGAUUUGAGACGAGUUAAAAGUGCUUGAAUACCUAAAAGGGAACUUUAUUCUGUGGCCGCAGGAACGAGAGUCAAAAGGAGGAACGUUUAAAUAUGUCUUCUGGCGAGAUUUCCAGAGCACUGUUAUUUUUGUUUUGUUAUUAUUUGAGUGUUUACACAGCUGUGAUUUUAUACCGUAUGUAUUUAUUAAAUGAGAAACUCGACGAGAAAAUAAAACCUCCAACGCCUCUCUAAAGUCAGCAGCAGCGUCCUGUUGUCGAGGCUCGUCUUCCAGGACCGAUGGAAAGAGUUGUGUGCCGCCGUGGGAGCAGCGCCGCCGUCAUCCUCUGGAAGGCCGCUCUCUGUAGGAACAGCUGGCUCCCGUCCACAGGGGGGAGGAUAGAGGAAGGCCAAGUAGGGACAUUUGAUAAUUAUAUGAUUCAUUUAGAAGUUCUGCAAAACUGUGGAAACUGAUUUUGAAAAAUUCACAGAUGUCAACAGGCUGUGGAAAUUACACGAAGAACACAUGACAAGUCCACCGUCUUUAAUGUCGCUCGUCUCCUCUGAACAUUCCAGCCGUGUCUACAGCGCUGCGGCAGUUGCACUUCUCACUCCCGGUUGCUCAUACUGUUACACUUCUUUUCCAGAGAAGAGGAAAGUAACCCUAAGAAUGGAAAUCCAUUUUAGAAAGAUGGAGAACCACCAAUAGUCAUAAUAAUACAAAGUCUAAAGUUUGCAUUUUGAGGUGCACUCAGUUUACUAGUCGUGGUCACUCAGCCAGUGAAAUAAGGUUUCCUGUUUCUCCUGAUCCGAUGUGAGGUCCCGGAAUAGAAGAUGUUGAGUACAGACUGUAGCCCUCUGAGGCUAAUUUGUGAUUUUAGGCUGUACUAAAUAAAGGUCAUUUAAUUGAA